AUGUCACGCGCUGCAGAUGUUGUCYAGCUCACUCGACUUGAUGCCCAAGUCAAAGAAGAAUCGAACGCCAUCUGUACGAGGCAUACUCUAAACGGCGCAGUAUCGGUAUGGAGGAGAGAGCGGAAACUUGGCCAGGGGGGCUUCGGCGAGGUUUAUCGCGAGGUGUGCACCGAGGGGCGGGAGAUUGGAGCAUUGAGAGCCGUGAAGAUCAUUCAGAAGCAGAGGACUGGCGGAUUCGACUACAGCAAAGAGUUGGAGGCCAUGGCACGCUUCUCUCAGUAUCAGCAGAGCUUCGUCAAGUCUCUGGGCUGGUUCGAUACCACCCAUAGCGUCUGCAUCGCCAUGGAAUACGUCGACAGCGGGGACCUCCAGCAAUACGUCGGACAUUGUAUGCCUGAGACCGAAAUGCAGCUGAUCGUCUCUCAAGUACUCGAGGGUUUGGCUUGUAUGCAUACCUUGAGCUAUGCUCAUAGAGAUCUGAAGCCUGCGAACCUUCUGGUGUUCAACAACGGCCCACGUUGGCACAUAAAGAUAUCCGAUUUCGGCCUCAGCAAAAGAGUCGCGGAAGGUCUUACAUCACUUCGCACGGCAGCAGGCACAUAUGGGUACAUGGCGCCCGAGGUGAGCGGACUUUUGGAAGACGAUGAUUCCGACGACGAGUCUCGACCAUCGUACAACAAUGCCGUGGAUAUCUGGGCCCUGGGAGUGAUUACUUACCAAAUGUUAACUGCUCAGCUCCCCUUCGAAGCCGGGGACCUCCGGCCCUUGAAGAAGUAUGUCCGAGGCAAGUCGAUAUUUCCACGGGAAGCUUUGGAGGCAAAGAAGAUCAGCGGAUCUGGAAUUGCCUGGAUCCACAGUUGCAUGAAUCCUUCACCUGAUGCGCGACCAGGUGCCGGAUUCAGUAGACGACACCAGUGGCCAAUGGCAGCAGAAAGCUCCAGCAAGGCUGAUGGCCCAUCGCAGAGAUCUCUCCCUGUAGACAGCCGUGCUUCUGCGAGCUGGGAUCGAAAAGAUGACGAAGAUGCUUCAUUCUUCGAUAAGAUCGAUGAGCCGUCUCAGAGGCCCCUUCUUGCUGGAACUUCUGAAUCUGCGAGCUUCAGCACACGAGGUCAUGAGGGCGUUGCAACUUUGCGCAAGKCUGACGAGCCGGUUGGAGAAUCAACUCCUCCCAAGACUUCUACAUCUGCGGGCCGGAAUGUACAAGACAGUGGGUACGAGACUGUAUUCCGCUCGCCAUCAUCAGAUCUGGUACAAGACUCAUCGGAAACGAUGACCUCGAAUAAGACAGGCUUUGAAUUGAUACCAACGACACAGGAUUCCUCGUUAUACGACAUUGACAGUGCUACACGCCCCUGGGUCGAGGUGCGUCAGCUUGAAGGCCAUCGAAAAAUCUGUACCGCGGCGUUCUCGCCGGACGGGCGGUGGCUGGCGUCUGGGGGGAAGUAUUACGAUACGAUCAAGCUCUGGAACGUGGCGACUGGGGCAGAGUGGAAGCGGUUUCAGAGUCCUGGGGACACCCUCCAUGGUGGAUUGGUCUUCUCCCCAGACGGACGGCUACUGCUAUCACAGGACCCGAAGCUGAGGUCUUGCAGCGGCGAAAUGAUCAGGCUCUGGAAUGUAGACACUGGAGCAUGUGUUGGUCAACUUGAAGACUUGGGGGAUAGUUCCGGCUUCUCCGCUAUGGCACUCUCGCCGGACGGGCAGCGGGUAGCAUCGCGUGGAAUAGGUGAGGUCAUGGUCUGGGAUCUGCCGAGCCGGGCGGUGGUCAAGCGCCUCUCCUACUCCGGGUAUGUUUCUGUGCUAUCUUUCUCGCCAGACGGGACGCGGCUGCUUUUAGGGACACUUAGCCGAGGCUUGAGCCUUUGGGAUACGGAGACCGGAGUGUUCCAUCCAAAUCCUCACAUUUUUGAGAAGUCCGCAUCACCACGUAAUCUAGUGUUGGCAAUCUCGCCGAACGGGCAAAAGGUCGUGACCUGCAGUGACGAGACGGUGACGCUUUGGUCCACAGGAGCGGAAUAG